AUGGCGGAGCACAUGCAGCUUGCAACUGAAGAAGGCCAGGAGAUGCUGUUGGAGGAAAUCCCAGAAAGUCCCAGCGCCAAACCAAGGCACUGGUACCUUGCUGGUGCCGGCCUUGCCCUGCUUGUGGUGCUUGGAGUGGCUGCCAAGGUUGUGUACCGCUCACCUGAGACCUUGCUGCAGUCCAAGAACUUCGACAUCAACACUGUCCAGGAAUGGGAGCAGAUCCCUGGAAUCGACCAGGUGGUGGAGCACGCCAAGACCUUGGAAUUGAAGCAGCCGUUGCGAAAUCUCAACGACCUCUUCUACGAAUCUCAGCCGGAGGAGCUUCCUUGGAUCCGCACCGAGUGCGUCAUUGAUGUGGUUCAGGGAGCUGCUUACUUGGGCCAGGCUGUGGUCUUCCUUUACAAGGCCAUCAAAUAUGAUGGAAUUCGAUGCCCAGACAAUUCUCCAGCAGGUUGUGCUGCGAGUAUUGCGGGUUUCAUCACCUCAGUGACUUGGAUUGCCUCCUACCUGUCCUUCGCAGCAAAUGCAUGCGGUGCAGCGGUGAACUCUGGUGCCCUUUGUGCUGGCGACUGGACUGCUUUGAUGGCCAACUUCGGUGAAAUGGCCACUGUAGGAGCGGCUGUGAAGGAGGACUGCGACUUCAAUAAGGACUGGCUUGCUCUCCUCAAGAUCACUGGCACUGAUGAUGCAGGACCAGGAUGGAAGACUUUCGUCCCCGCUGGUGCUAUGCCCACAGUUGAGACUGUCCAGAAGGUCGAUGCCCUUCGAACUGCCGACCGAAACCGUGCUUUUGACCUGACCCAGUGCGUUGUCGCAGAUGUGACUAACGCGGCCGCUUACAUCGUGCGAGCCAUUCUCCAGAUCCGCUCGGCCGCAUCGGCCUGCCCAGAGCCAAAGGCCUGUGCCAUUAACAUCAUGAAUAUCAUCUCCUCGUUUGCCUGGAUCUCCCAGUUCACGUCACUGGCUGUGUCUGAUUGCUGGGACAAGGGAAGCCAGAAGGCCUUGUGCGCGGCCGACAUCUCUGAUAUGGUUGCAGCUGUGACGAACGGUCCUGCUGCAGGCAUCGCAACCACCUCUGAUUGUGCAGACAUGCCCGAUCCGCUUGAAGAGGAGAAGCACUUGCCCAUGGAGAUGCUGUUGGAGGAAAUCCCAGAAAGUCCCAGCGCCAAACCAAGGCACUGGUACCUUGCUGGUGCCGGCCUUGCCCUGCUUGUGGUGCUUGGAGUGGCUGCCAAGGUUGUGUACCGCUCACCUGAGACCUUGCUGCAGUCCAAGAACUUCGACAUCAACACUGUCCAGGAAUGGGAGCAGAUCCCUGGAAUCGACCAGGUGGUGGAGCACGCCAAGACCUUGGAAUUGAAGCAGCCGUUGCGAAAUCUCAACGACCUCUUCUACGAAUCUCAGCCGGAGGCUGUGGUCUUCCUUUACAAGGCCAUCAAAUAUGAUGGAAUUCGAUGCCCAGACAAUUCUCCAGCGGGUUGUGCUGCCAGUAUUGCGGGUUUCAUCACCUCAGUGACUUGGAUUGCCUCCUACCUGUCCUUCGCAGCAAAUGCAUGCGGUGCAGCGGUGAACUCUGGUGCCCUUUGUGCUGGCGACUGGACUGCUUUGAUGGCCAACUUCGGUGAAAUGGCCACUGUAGGAGCGGCUGUGAAGGAGGACUGCGACUUCAAUAAGGUGAUCAGCAACGAUUGUGGGGCACGGCAGAAAUAUUUGCCUUUCUCCGCUCUUGCCGGCUUUAGACUGGACGGGCUUUGGUAUCACACUCUUUUUUGCUUGUGA